GGUAACAAUACCUGAAGCAACGUUAUACUGUGUAGGCCCGUUAACUGGCAAAUUUACCGACUCAUAGACUAAUUCAAGCCUAACAGCUGUCUCCUUGGCAAACAACCUUUUCAUACGUAGCCUAUGCAAUGCUUCCCCUAUCACUCUUAAAGACUGCCCAGCGGCAUGCGGUGCUGGUGGAGCUAAAAAACGGCGAGACGUAUAACGGCUAUCUGCAACAAUGUGACACAUGGAUGAACCUUCACUUGUCGGAGGUGAUCUGCACAUCAAAGGAUGGCCAGCGCUUCUUCAAAAUGCCGGAGGCUUACAUUCGCGGCAACACGAUUAAGUACAUCAGCGUCCCAGAGGAGGUUAUCGACAAGGUACAAGAAGAGAACCUGCGCAGGGACGAGAAACGGCCAGCGGGCGGCGGUCGUGGCCGGGGCGGCCGGGGUUGGGCAGUGGGCGGCCGGGGAGAGGUGGCUGGGGGCACGGCGGGAGCAGGCGGCGGCCGCGGCAGGGGUGAAGGAGGGAGAGGCGGCGGGAGAGCGGGCGGCCGCGGUGGUGGACGAGGGCGGGGCUAAUCGCUUGCGCAGCGGGUGCAGGCGACAAACUUUAGGAGUGGGUGUACAGAGUGCUGCUAUCCUGUGCAAACGCGCACGGAAGGCAGCAAACCGCAUGUAAAGGUCGUAUCGCUUUAGGGGUGUUCAGGCUUGCAUACUCCUGGGUUCGACCUUGCUGGCAUGCCCUGCUCUAGCAAACACCGGUAGCAGUCUGACGGUGUUUCAGUCCGGCAAUGUACCCCCCACAUGCUUCAAUUAGGAAAAUGCACGGGCUACUGCUGGCAAGCGCUACGCCCGGUCACCCUCACCAGGUUGAUUACAGUGUGGAAUACGGAAGGACGUCAGUUUGGAUGUGCUGGGGGCAAGGAGGGCUGUUGACCUGUAAAUGGCUUAUUGCACUGAGGGAUGGUAAUGCGUAAUGUGUUGACGAGGUGCCGCGUGGGUGGAAGGGGCCUUACGCAGCCCCGUGCGGCCUUGUAACAGUGUUCGAUAGCACCUUCAAGAAGGCAGCGCGCUACGGGAGAUACGUAAUUUGGCGCUUAACAGAGCAUACAAACAGGUUGGAUGUGCUUAAGAGUGGUGCGGGAUAGGUGGCGCAAUUGCCGCGCAACCUUCGCGCCUUGUGUACGUAAUCUGGCCAUUCCCAUGCCCGGAAUGACAAGAUCAGGCCGAGUGCUGUGCUAGUAUUGAAGAUCAAGUGAAGGUUCUGCUGAUCACUGCAGGUGCGUGUGGUGCCGCAUGACACAUAGCUGUUGUCGUACGUCCCAUAGGUUCGCGUCCGGUUCCCUUCACAGUGCCGACCCUAAGGUAGGCUUGGUUUGUUUGGCCCUCUAUUUGCUUACAAUUGGAGAUGCGUCUCCUGUUUAACUUUGCGCUCGGUGACGGACGACUUGUGGAUACCCUGUGACUUCCUGUUUAGAAACUGUGAGCAAAACGAAUUUUCUCAAAAUGUCUGAGUGUAUUAGACACUUUGUCUUCACAAUAGGCAAUAGACGAGGACUAUGCCAGAACAAGUGCGACAAAAUGCCGGAAAGCACAUAGACGGCAUACAAUGCGCAAAGCGGCCCUGCAGCUUUAUGUUGGCGCUUUGUUGGUUACCUUCCAGACGCUCCUGGGCGCCGCCGCAUCCACAAUUGCAUUAGGCGACAAAUGUAUCAUUCAGGAUGACUGUCCCGCUGGCAAGUUCUGCGCCCAGCCGCCCCUCAGCCACCUGCUGCCCGGCUGCUGCGAGAGCUGCUGGCGCUGCUGCUUGUUCCCGGAGGUGUACGGCACAGCAGCAUGCAGCAGCAGGUGCUCAUGUGGCCAGGCCGCCGCCUGCUACGAUGACGCGGAGUGUGGCGAAGCGGAGUUUUGUGGCGUGCUGUCAUCCCGACUCGAACUACCCAUCUGCCGCUCCUGCGCGCAGUGCCGCAGCGACGCCCAGGCCACCUCGGUAACGCCCAGCGACGGCAGAAGCAGCAGCAGCGCUGGUAGGCGUGCUGGCGGCGGCAGCAGCAGCAAUGGCGGCAAUGGCGGCUGCGCCGCCGCCUGUCCCUCCGGUGCUCUGGAUGCCAAUGCAGUAGCUGCGGGGGUGCAGCGGCAUUACCUCUAUGCGGCGUUUGCGAUUGCGGAAGAUGAGGGGGCGGCUGGGGGGAUGGCGGUGCGGCGGGACGGUGUGGUGACGGUGACGCUGGACGCCCUCCGCUUGUGGCUGAACCAUAGUGGCGUGGCGCCCACCCUCUUCCCCGCCUUCCUGCAAGGCCUGCCGGUGCUCCGUCCGGCAGGGGCGGCAGCAGACCCGCGGGUCACUCUAGCGGCCUUUGCCACCCGCCUCGCCGCUCUCUCCCCGCCCUUGGACCCCAUGUGCCCCCGACCUUUCCUGUCGACUGACGGCCAGGAAGCCAGCAGCAGCAGCGGCAGCGAUGGAACGUCCUUCCAGAUCUCCUCGGUAUCCCUCCCAGAUUACGGUGCCUCAUACGAAUACGAAGCUUCUUCAGCAAUGCCGGCAACAGGAACAGCCGCCGCAGCAGCAGGAGCCGGGGUAUGGGAGGGAAUGCCGCCACCAGACAGCGAGGGCUUUGACAGCGUGUCCACGGUCGUAACAGCUAGUUCGGCAAACGGUACCGUAAGAGUUGUACUGCCGGGCUGCCCCUGUGCGGCCUCGCCUGCAGCUACGGAGUUUAGGUGUCCCGUGGGUCACCGCUGCUCCCGAGCCGCCUGGCGGUCGCUACCCGGGGACGUGCUGACACUGGGGACUGCUGCGCUGAUGCGGGCUCGCUGCGUCGAUUGCGGUCCCGGGUCCGUUUGCCCCGAGGGCAGCUACGUGGAGGAGGAGGAAGACCCACGGGUCAUUGCGGGCUUGGACUGUCCCGCGGGUCAGUUCUGCCCCCGUCCAGCGCAGCAAAAGGAAUGCCCGGCGGGGUUCUUCUGCCCGCACCGCGCGGUUCAGCCCACCACGUGCGACUUCACAGUGGCAUUUUCAAGCAAGCAACAGGCCUCCCCCUCCUCCUCCGCGUCCUCCUCGCUGACCUCCGCGCAGCAGCAGGAGAUGCUUCGGCGGCUGCGAGAUGAGGGGCAGCCGCUGCGAGGCAACUACUGCCCGCCGGGCUCCGACUCGCCUAGCACCCGGUGCAGCCCCGGCCACUACUGUCCCAACACCUCCCUCCAGCUGCCAUGCCCGCAACGCCAUUACUGCAGAGCGGAAAGCAUCGCCCCCACACCCUGCCCGCCUCUCACACUCUGCCCUGCCACCGCCACCGAUGCCCCGGCCGUAUGGCCGGCGGCAACAGCAGUCAUCGGCGGUGUGUUGGCGGCAGCUGUGGCAGUCGCAGCGCUGCUGACGUGGCUAGACAACGUCUGG